AUGUACCUCUUGGACAGAGAUCCAUUAUGGAGCACCCUGAAGCCAUACGAGCUCAAGUUCGACCCUCCACCGGGAUUUCCUAAAUCCAACGCCGUACCGCGCAAAAAUGAUGGAAUAGUAGUGAAAGAUAUCCGGGGAAGGGAGGCCGACUUCUCUAUUGAGAAGAAUGGUUUUGCGAUUAUGGGUGUGGACUCUGAUAUCACGGUGCAAGAUUUCGUACGAUGUGACGGCGACGAGCUGGCGAAGCGGUACUUCAAGCCCCUCGCGGAUACAUUGAAGGCGUUUCUUCGUGCUGAUAGAAUCCAAAUCAUCGAUUUCAAGGUCCGCAAGAGCCACCCCGACUUUCCCAUUUCAACGGGCGAGAACUACGAAUUCUCGCAGCCUGCUACCCUCCUCCAUAUUGAUACGAGCCCGGCGACGACUACUGAACUCGUCUCUCGGUUUAAUCCAGAGUCCCCGGAACUGCUCACCAGACGGUAUCAAUAUGUAAACGUCUGGAAGCCUCUGACUGGCCCCGUCCGGAGCUGGCCCCUCGCUGUUUGCGAUUCUUCGACAGUCAAUGCCGCAAAAGAUUUGCAAGCCCGUGAUAUCGUCUUUCCCGACGGAGCGCUGGAGACUUUCCAGGUCCACCCUUCAUCCGCGUAUAAGUUCUACUACUUGUCACAGCAGCAGACCGACGAAACGAUGGUCAUGCCACAGUCGGAUUCUGCAGGGCUUACCGGGGUGCCGCACACCGCUUUCCCGAAUCCGUGGGCGGCAGGCGAGACUGGAGGCCGGGAGAGCAUUGAAAGUCGAGCCCUUGUCUACUACAAGGAUUAA